AUGGAGAUUGAAAGGUCAAGCUUCAUCAAAAAUGGAGUAGUGAGACUUCCACCUGGAUUCAGGUUCCACCCAACUGAUGAAGAACUGGUGGCGCAGUACCUUAAAAGGAAGGCCUUUUCCUGCCCAUUGCCUGCCGCAGUUAUUCCUGAGAUCAACCUCUCCAAGUUCGAUCCUUGGGAUUUGCCAGGUGAGAACGAAGGAGACAGGUACUUUUUCAAUUUGGUAGAGAGAUCCACGUACCACCGUAGCAACCGAGCGGCUGGCUCCGGCUACUGGAAGGCUACCGGAAAGCCAAGGCCGGUGGUGGCGCCGACGAGAAAAGAGCUAGUGGGGAUGAAGAGGGUGCUCGUCUUCCACCGGUGGAAGUCAACGCGAGGUUCGCGAAGAGGGCUGCGUCGCUGCGAUUUUGACGAAGAGAUGGCUGCUGCUAUGGUUGAAAGAGGACAGCAAGUUGCAGCUUUUGUUGUUGAGAAAGGGCAACAAGGACUGUUAUUCGAGAUGAAGGAUGACAGAGCAGCUAGGGUUGUUAUGGUUGAGAAGAGGAGAGUUGGAGAGGGAAAGGGUGGCUGGAAGAAGAAAAAGUAA